AUGAGAAGUCAUUUUCAACUAGGCUACGUCUACUUCCUCUUUGUCCUGAUGUUUUGUAGCCUCGACCUGUCAAGAUGCAACGUGGAGAGCGCUGCCCACCUCAGCAAUCAAGGGACUUCCGAGAACGAACAAAAUGCGGUUGUACAAGGCCAUGGUUCUGCCGAAGUUCUAGACCCGAAAGAGGAUUACAGUGUUCAGCGUCGUCAAGUUCCCGACAAGAUGGAUGGUGAUCGAUUGGUCCGAAGAAAGCGAUUUCUCACCUCGAGCAAGAUGAUGGCCAUUCCUAUGAACCGGCGAUUUAAAAGAUUCGCAAAGACCGAGGACGCCGACUCCUCGGGUUCUCGGUCGACCUCGGAUGAGAGAACGAACGCGCUGGAUGAUUCCAGGAUGGCCGACAACGAUUCUCAACAGAGCUCGAGGAGAAAACGAGAAGUCGGCAAGGAUAGCGAGGUAGAAAAAAUAAAAGCUGGAUCUGAUACAGAGGAGGGGCAGAAAAAACGAUCCGUGGGAAAAAGGGAGACCCUGAAGAAAGACCUUGCCGAAAGUCCGGAUCCAGCUGACGGGCAGAGAAUCGCGGAUUACGGCGAAGCCGAUGAUUUCGAGGACAGUCGCCGAGAGCAGAACGAAGAAGGUGCUCUCGUUGGAAAUAACUUGGCUAAGGAAAUCGCGGAGUACGAUGAAGAAGCUGCCGAGGAGGCAAAUAGAGAACAAGCGAAUGCAGAGUAUAAAAGGAGAGGCGGGGACGCGAUGGCGGAGAAAGAGGUCGUAAAAAGAGAGGUCGAGAGGGAGGACGAGUACGACUAUGGGGAGGAACAAUUUGGCUUGAGUGCCGGGUUUCAGGAAAAUUCAAAUGGGGCGGAGAGAGCCGCUGAAAUGGCCGUAGAAAGGAGGGAAAGGAAUAAUGGAGCAAGGAGAAAGCGAGGGGAUUUGAAUAAGGCGGACUCGGUGAGGUCGCUGGAACAGGGGGGCGAAAGUAAGGACCAGGUCGGCAGUGCGAAAGCGGAAAUAAGCGAGCAGGAUUUGAAAAACGAAGAUGCCAAAGUUGUGAGAAAACGAGAGGCAGAAAAUAGUGGCAAGAAUCUUGGUUCGAGGUCGGACAAGCAGGAAGAACGAGGUGAGGUCGCGAAGAGAGGCGCAAUGCCGAAGAUUUCAGGAAAAAGAAACAGCCUGGUUGCAUCGGAGCAAGAACGAAAACUGGCUGAUUGGGUGGGAGAGAAUUCGAGGUCGAGCUCAAAUUUGAACUCCAGGUUACAGCAAGGGAGGUCGCUAUCCUCGGAAGGCUCGAGGUCGAAAAUCGAGGAGUCGAAAUCGCAGCAGGCAGAGUUCGACCCCAGAAGCAUCGAGUCCAAGGACGACCUACCGCAGGACAUGGCAGACCUCGAUAUGGAGGUCAAGGAGAACGAGUCCGACGAGGACUACGAGAGGCGCGUGGAGCAGCAGAUCCAGCGGAAAAUAGACUCCAUAAAGGAGGAGAUCAAGCGCGAGGUCGAAAAAAAACAGAAAAUCCGCGUGAUCGAGGAAAACAACGCAAAGUACGACGAAAUGCGGAGCCAGGAGGACGAGGACGAGGACAGCCAGAGUCUGGACGCGCCGAACGAACGCCAAGCCGUGUCGAAGAGAUCGGUUCGACCAGGAGCAUCCAAGAGGGCGACUUCGAGGAGGUCGAAGAGACGCGCCGCCCUUACCGGUGGAGACCUCGAUGCCGACCUCCUGCAAGAAAACGAGGCCGAUAAGGCGCCGGAACUAGGUUCCGGGUCGUCCAACUCGAAGCCGGAAAAUAUCCACAAGAGGUCUGCACCCUUAUACUCGGAGUCUCGUGAUGAGACCUCCAUUAAGGUCCCUGCGAAGAAGCGCAGCGUCGUCAGGAAGGUCACUUUAGUGGAGGCUCCUUCAGGGAGGGAAUUAAGGAAACGUCACGUCGCAGGAGGAAUCCUGAUUCCGGAGCAGGCCCAUGCAAAGAUCGAGGACGAGCUCCCACGUGACCUGACCUUAGAUCCGAAACUACGCCUGGAUCUGCCAAUGGAACAAAAACCUGUAAGACGUCGCAGGAGCGUUCAAAGGUUCGGACGAAGACGAAGAAUGGACGCCUCGACCCUCGAAGAACCGGGGUCUUCGAUAUCAGGCUACAGACCUCAGGACGACGAGGACGAGAACGACGACGGGAACGAAUUCGACGACGACGGAUUCGAGGACCGCACCUCGAACCUACGAGGUGGAAAUCAGAGACGGAUGGUGCACCCGCGGACGCCAGAGGUCGAUCAUCAAAAUUUUCUCUUCCCCGUUGAGGGAGGUUCCCAGGGGCUGCGACACAAGAGGGAGGAAAUGUCCAGGGAAUCAGGGGACUCCAGGGGCAAAAGGCAAGUCGCUGAUUCCUUGGAGGCGGCCAAAUCUUUGGAGCCCGUGGCUUCGCUCAUAGGCAGCUCGGUAGAACUGAGUCCUCGAUUGGCGACUGAGUACAAGGAGGCCUUCGGAGGUCUUCAGGGUGAUCCUGGAGGAGCCCUGGUUAGGUAUAAAAGGAUCAAGCGAGUCGCGCCCGUCUCCUAG